AUGCAGCAGUCGCAGCCGUUGUCGUUGGCCCCCGCGGCGGCGGAAGGUUGCAGCCCGCCGCCUCUGCAGCAGUCUUCGACGGUGCCAGCCGCCUCGGUGGCUUCGCACAAGCCUGCCCGCUUCUCGCUGUACAGCAUCGAGAGGCUGCUUGCCGGAGCGGCGGCGCAUGCGGCCACCACGCCGUCGUCCGUGGCCUCCUCCGUGCUCGACUUCAGCGUCGCCCAGCAUCCGUCGGCUAGGAUAGAGACUGCGGGCCACUUCCCAGGAGCCUUGAACGGCCGUUCGAAGGGCAGCACUGCAGCUUCCUCGGACAAGAGUGCCACUCCUUCGCUCCACUACAGCGGCGACAAGGGGCCGGCUUCAUCUCUGCAUCAGCACCAGCAGCCGCAGCAAGCGUCGGAAGACGGCGGGCUGUCCGGCAAGCCGCGCAAGAUCCGGCGGAGCCGCACGACGUUCACCACCUUCCAGUUGCAUCAGCUGGAGCGCGCCUUCGAGAAAACGCAGUACCCGGACGUGUUCACCAGGGAAGAGCUGGCUCUGAGGCUGGACCUAAGUGAGGCCAGGGUCCAGGUGUGGUUCCAGAACCGGCGCGCCAAGUGGCGCAAGCGAGAGAAGGCAAUAUGCCGGGACAGUCCGCCCCCGAUGGGGGCCUCUUCGUCCUGCGGCGUCGCGUCUUCGGCGGCGUCCGACCGCAGCCUGGGUCCCUUCCUGCAAGCUGCGUGCGGCAUGAGCGCCGCCCGGGCCGAGCUGUUCGCCGCGGGGCCCUACGGGGUCGCCGAGCCCUUCUGGGGCGCCCCUUCUCUGGUUGCGCCCGCCUGGCCCAAGCUGUACGGGUACAUGCUGCCCGCCCUGCUGCCGGCCCCGCCGUGCCCUUCGACCUCUGUUCUGGACCUCGGCUCCAAGAAGACGACAGCGCACGCCAGGCUGCAGGCGUCGCCGCCGUCAGCAGCGCCGCCCACGUCGUCGCCUGGCCUCGACCUCCUCAGGGUCAAGGCGCGCGAACACGCCGCCAGAAGGGCGGGCUCGGGGUCCCCGAAGUCUGCCUCGCCCGCUGCAGACCGGACCGAGCCGUCUUGACUGCGUCUUCCAGUGCUCCCGCCUAGUGGUAUCCGCCGGUUCAUCCUGUCGCCGUGUCCCCCGAGGUUGGCGUGACAUCACAGUGUGCGCGGAUGACGUGUGUGCAUAGUCGACCCACGGACUCGAUAUUCGCUUCGAAGGUUUAAGAAAGCGACUUAUACGGCGGCAUUACGAGGCUCGAGCAACACAAGGAAGUACCACAGUGUUACUGCGAUCGCAUUUUCUUCGGCAUCUCCCGGAUGUUCUUUAAUCUCGAAAUAUUUCUAUACGUCGUUGUUUCGUUCGGACUUAAGUACAUAACGAGCCUAUUUAUGAA